AUGUGGACUUCAGGUAGAAUGAGAAAUGCAAAGAACUUGCUUGGACUUGGGGUCUCCUUGUAUUUGUGGGGACUGAUGGACCUUACUACAACUGUGCUGUCAGGAAGUGCCAGGCCACUCACUGAAGGGCCAGAAGACAACCUGUCAGACAAGCUGCAUCAGCGUAUGAAGAGGAGUUGGGUGUGGAACCAGUUCUUCGUUCUGGAGGAGUACACAGGAACUGACCCUCUGUAUGUUGGGAAGCUCCACUCUGACAUGGAUAGAGGAGAUGGUUCCAUCAAAUACAUCCUCUCGGGAGAGGGAGCUGGCAUUGUGUUUACAAUCGAUGAUACCACAGGGGACAUUCAUGCCAUUCAGAGACUGGACCGGGAAGAAAGGUCGCAGUACACCCUGAGGGCACAGGCUCUGGACAGGAGAACAGGCAGGCCAAUGGAACCAGAAUCAGAGUUCAUCAUCAAAAUCCAAGACAUCAAUGACAAUGAGCCCAAAUUCCUGGAUGGACCAUAUGUAGCCUCUGUACCGGAAAUGUCACCUGUGGGCACUUCUGUUAUCCAGGUGACAGCAACAGAUGCUGAUGACCCAACCUAUGGGAACAGUGCAAGAGUAGUGUACAGUAUUCUCCAAGGACAACCAUAUUUCUCUGUGGACUCUCGGACAGGUUUAAUUAGGACAGCUCUGAUGAACAUGGACAGAGAAGCAAAAGAAUAUUACGAAGUGAUUAUCCAGGCCAAGGAUAUGGGUGGACAGCUGGGAGGAUUAGCUGGAACAACCACAGUCAACAUCACCCUCUCUGAUGUCAAUGACAAUCCACCCAGAUUUCCACAGAAGCAUUAUCAGAUGAGCGUGCUGGAGUCUGCUCCUGUCAGCUCCACUGUGGGCCGCGUGGUUGCUAAAGACCUGGAUGAAGGCAUUAAUGCAGAGAUGAAAUACAGCCUUGUGGAUGGAGAUGGACUGGAUGUCUUUGAUAUUAACACUGAUCCUAAUUACCAAGUUGGCAUCAUAACUGUGAGAAAGCCUCUAAGCUUUGAGAGCAAGAAAAGCUACACGUUGAAAGUAGAGGGUGCCAACCCCCACCUGGAAAUGCGAUUCCUGAACCUGGGUCCUUUCCGAGACACCACCACGGUUCACAUCAGCGUGGAGGAUGUGGAUGAGCCUCCUGUGUUUGAGCCCAGCUUUUAUUUUGUGGAGGUGCCUGAGGACGUGGAGAUUGGAACCACCAUACAGAUCAUUUCUGCCAAGGACCCAGACGUGACCAACAACUCGAUCAGAUACUCGAUUGACAGGAGCAGCGAUCCGGGGCGGUUCUUUUAUGUCGACAUUACAUCAGGAGCACUGAUGACUGCAAGACCUCUAGAUCGGGAGGAUGUUUCUUGGCACAACAUCACAGUGCUGGCCAUGGAGCUGAACAAUCCCUCGCAGGUGGGCAGUGUCUCUGUGACAGUGAAAGUCCUGGACGUGAACGACAACGCGCCGGAGUUUGCAAAGUUCUACGAAUCUUUUGUUUGCGAAAAUGCCAAAGCAGGACAGCUGAUCCAGACAGUGAGUGCCAUCGACCGGGAUGACCCACAGGAUGGUCAGCACUUCUACUACAGCCUGGCUCCAGAAGCAGCCAACAACCCCAACUUUACUCUGAGGGACAAUCAAGACAAUACGGCGUGGAUUUUGACAAGGCGCUCUGGCUUCAGACAGCAUGAGCAGAACACCUUUUACCUCCCCAUCCUGAUCAGCGACAAUGGCCGCCCUGUGCUGAGCAGCACGGGCACGCUGACCGUGCAUGUGUGCAGCUGCGACGAUGACGGCAUGGUGAUGUCCUGCAACGCUGAGGCCUACGUCCUUCCCGUCAGCCUGAGCAGAGGGGCACUCAUUGCAAUCCUCGCCUGCAUCUUUGUCCUGCUAGUGCUGGUGCUCCUCAUCCUCUCCAUGCGGCGCCAGCGGAAGCAGCCAUACAUCAUUGACGAGGAGGAGAACAUCCAUGAGAACAUCGUCAGGUAUGAUGAUGAAGGCGGUGGGGAGGAGGACACGGAGGCCUUCGAUAUCGCCGCCAUGUGGAACCCACGGGAAGCCCAGCUUGUGUUAAAAAACAGGCAGGACAUGCUCCCUGAAAUAGAGAGCCUCUCCAGAUACGUGCCUCAGGCGUGCGUCAUGGACAACAACGUCCAUAACUAUGUGCUCGCCAAGCUGUAUGAGGCUGACAUGGACCUCUGGGCUCCUCCCUUCGACUCCCUCCAGACGUACAUGUUUGAAGGGAAUGGUUCAGUGGCAGAGUCACUCAGCUCCCUACAGUCGGUGACAACAGACUCAGACCAGAGCUACGACUACCUGACGGACUGGGGGCCACGCUUCAAAAAGCUGGCCGAGAUGUACGGUGCCACGGACAGCAGCGGGGCUCUGUGGUAA